AUGGCAAAUCCAGCCCAGUGCUACUAUUGCUUUGAGAGCCUUUCUGCCUCAUUUGAGAAUCGCGAGCCUGCUAGCUUAGUUGCUAUAGAAGCGCUCUGGGAACAGCAUGAGCAGUCUAAGAAACUAUCGAAGCUCGCGGCUCAGCCCGUGGAUGAGGAAGAGGAUGCGGAGUCUGUAAAUGACGACGAGGACGCCAAACAGUCGUUCCAGACGAGUAGUCGGCCCAAGGGCCUGCAAAUCCCUCGCAUCAACCGUCUGCAGAGCCAAGCGUCCGACUCAUCCAGCACACCAUCAAGUGCCUCGAACACUUCAUCCAACUCGAAUCUGUCCACUUCCACCGCUAUGACGACUCCCAGCACGCAGUCGGAGACUUCGAAAUCCACCGAACAACAAUACCCGCUGUUCGUUACCUGGAACACGCUAUCUCGAAGCGGCCACAAGUCUCUACGCGGAUGCAUAGGCACGUUUGAGGCGCAAGAUCUCGCGGCGGGGCUGAAGUCUUAUGCUUUAACCUCGGCCUUUGACGAUACGCGCUUUUCUCCAAUUCCCAAAUCUCUCCUGCCUUCAUUACAAUGCGCUCUGACUCUCUUGGGCUCCUUCGAGCCUUGCACCAACGCCAUGGACUGGACCCUCGGCACACACGGCAUUCGCAUCUCUUUUAUCCACCGCGGCCGGCGCUACGGAGCCACAUACCUACCCGACGUUGCCGUGGAGCAGGGCUGGACGAAAGAGGAGACAGUCGAGAGCUUGAUGCGGAAAGCCGGCUGGGAUGGCGGCGGUGGAAGUGCUGCGCGGCGACUACUGCGAGGAACCGGGGCGAUUCCCAGCGGGACGAAGCCCUGGGACCAAGUCUCAGAUUUCCGUACUGUCAAGUAUCAGGGUCUCAAGGCAAAAGCUAGUUAUGAGGAUUGGCAGGAAUGGCGGAACUGGGUGCUUUCUCUAGACGAUGGAUGGGACAUUUUGGGCUCGGCCUGA